AUUGAGCAGUAGAUGGGUAUUGCAGAACUGGUAAGCAAUUCCCCCACACUAAAGAUAUCGAAAUCAGCAUUUUUGCCUAUGAAAGAGGAUGGAUUCAUUAACGGUUUUGCUGAAGUGCUUUCUGGUUUUCAUCCUCUUACCAUUCAACGAGUGUACGGUAAGGGGACCUGGCCGUGGUAUCAUCCUAUCAUAUGUAUGCGCGUCGAAUGGACGGAUAGACCUGGAAUUCAGCGGAAAUAAUGUAGGUAAAAUCCGGUAUGGGCUAGGUGUAUGUGGAAGGCAGUCUAUCAUGGUCAAUUUCACUUCCGGUACCGAUCAUGGUACUCUGAGUGGGUGUGAAAAGAACAAAGAUAUAUAUUUAUAUAUGUAUGACCAUGAUCCAGUCCACGUCAGUAACACGUCAGCUAUCCAGACAUUUGUUCUACAUUGUAAUACCGAGAAUAGAUCGCCGAGUGCAGUACCCAUGAAGCGUAGUAUUGAAUUUCCUCAGUCACGUCGUUCUGUCAUGCUGUCUGAAUCUAAUACGCCAUCAACACUUAUAAUGGAUUUGGUGAAUGAGACUAGAUCCAUCCGAAACAUCAUUCUCGGUGGCCAAUAUACUUUGCGUAUCAGCGGACCACAAAAUUACACCUUAUUUCCUGAAAGCUGUUAUGCCGCCAGUGAUGAGACAUUUCAACGACAAGUUACCUUAAUGGAAAACGGAUGCACUCGAGACAAAACACUGUUGGCAGGGUUUCAUCAGCAGGGAACUCAGUCAAUAGUUGAAGCGACAUUACAAGGAUUCCACCUGGUGUAUUCAAGUACAGUCUACAUCCAGUGCAAUGUCAAUAUGUGCACAUCCAGUCAGUGUCAGAUAAAACCAGAGGACUCUAUAGAAACAGACUGUAAUACGUACGGCUAUAUAACGAACAAAAAUAUAUCAAACUCGGGGACCGUGGAAUCAUCGCAACGUGUAGCUACAUCCUUUACAGUGAAAGACCCAGCACUGGAAAUCUCAAAUUCCGCUUCUGAUAUGUCCGUUUCAACAUUGGUGCUGUGGCUAGCCAUGUAUGCUGUUUAUAUCUCGUUUCAACCAUGAACAUGUGUGUUUAACAGUAUCUCCAAAACUGUACAGAAUGUAUUAAGCCAUGGUUACUUGAACGUGUGUAGCACGAAAGUUGCUUCAGAAUAAAUGAACAUGAGGUUUACGUGUAUGGGUGUGACAACAUCAGUAAAACUGGUUAAAUUUACCAUGCAGUGAUCAUCGUUUUGGUUUUCCGUACCAGCGUUUUUGUCUUUAAAACAAGCUUUUGAGCUACUAAAGUUGUUAUUUAUGAUAUCAAUUAUUUACUUGUAUAGAAAAUGCAAAUCCAUCAAUCGGUGCAAUAAUUAUUGCAUAAGGUCUCCAUGUCAAUAUUUCAUUUGUUCAAAUUUUGUACUAGUUUUAUCGAUUUUGAGUUUGAACUUUAUUUUUGUUGUCACUACGGUAUUCUCUUGUUGUCUUCAACAUUCAGCUAUGUUUGCACACAAGUGGUUAUUUCACCCUUGACAUUUUUUAAGCUGUACUUUAAAUCAUUAGAAUUAUUUUCCAUUGUGAAAACAUUUUAAUCGAGAUUGAGCUGUUUUGUAUGACUUUCAUGUACAAAUAUAUAAAGUAUUGUAAAUCAACUAGACUCGUGAAAACAAGCAUGUCAUUACUUGAGUUUUAUUAAAUUGGAUUUUGA